UAAUCCCAGCACUUGGGAGGAAGAGGUAGGAAGAUCACUGUGAGUUUGAGGCUACUGAGUGAAUUCCAAGUCAGUCUGGGCUAGAGUGAGAGCCUUCCUGGAAAAAAAAAACAAAGCACCUUUUUGUCUACUACAAAGGAUGGCUGUUCCGUGAGGGCAGGACUGGCUCUUCCCUGUCUCCUGCUGCUUUCCCGAUGCCUGCUGUCCCCAGGCUUGUGUGCAGCCCAGCACUAUGGCUUCACCGGCUUCCCUUCCAGCUGCUUCCUCCCCAUCCAAGAAGCCUCGGGACAAGAUAGCUGACUGGUUCAGACAGGCACUGUUGAAGAAGCCCAAGAAGAUGCCCGUCUCCCAGGAAAGCCAUGCCAGUGAUGAUUCACAGCCAUCCUCACAGGAGAGUCUCCCACCUUCCAGCUUCAGCUCACCCCUAAGCUUCAGUUCAGAUGCAUCUCCCACUCACCUAUCAACACAUGUGGACACCAGCAGUAGUGGCCGCUGGGGCAAAGACUAUGACGUCUGUGUGUGCCACAGUGAGGAGGACCUGGUGGCCGCCCAGGAGCUGGUCUCCUACCUAGAGGACAGCACUAGCAGCCUACGCUGUUUCCUGCAGCUUCGGGAUGCCACUCCAGGUGGCGCCAUCGUGUCUGAGCUGUGCCAAGGGCUGAGCAGUAGUCACUGUCGAGUCCUGCUCAUCACCCCAGGCUUCCUUCAGGAUCCCUGGUGCAAGUACCAGAUGCUGCAGGCCUUGACAGAGGCCCCGGGAUCUGAGGGCUGCACCAUCCCCCUGCUGUCAGGCCUGACCAGAGCAUCUUACCCCCCUGAGCUCCGAUUCAUGUACUAUGUGGAUGGAAGAGGCCGGGAUGGUGGCUUUUAUCAAGUCAAGGAAGCUGUCCUGCGCUAUCUGGAAACACUUCAUUGACACUAAUGCCAUCAUGGGACCAAAAAGUUGGAGUGAAGCUGGAAAUGGCACAUGCUAGCCCUUGGAUUCUACAGAUAUAUAGCUGGAGGUAUCAGAAGUCAGAACCAACUGCACUUUGCACAUGACACAGGAUCAGGUUGCCCACCAGGCUUACAAUCCUGUGAGCUCCUCAGAAAGACCAUAGGGAAGUUGGGGAGGAGCAUGGGGACUCCCCUGGAAAGGCAAAGAGGAAACCAGAAAUUGAAAGUGGCAGCAAGAAAUGCUGGUGUCAGUGGUGUCAUUUCCACUGCUUGUGUGGACAGGAAGAUGGCACACUGGUAGUCUUCCCCUGGAAGUUUAAAUUACUACAUACUUUUUAUAAAGCACAACUAUAGUAUCUUGUGAAGUUUUAUAUUUCCUCUAAAUAUAAAAUAUUGCCUGCGA